GCCCCUCCUUCCUGGAGCCUCCGCUGAGGCUGAGGCGGCGAGGCGGCCGGGAGGGGGGCGGCUUGUGGCCGGAGCGACACGCGCCCGUCGCGACCCUAUGCAGUGACUCGUGCGGCGCAGGCGCCUCCUGCCCCGCCGGCGGGGCCCAGGCUUACCGCGGCGGGAUGUUCUCCCGAAGGAGCCACGGAGAUGUGAAAAAGUCCACGCAGAAGGUGCUGGACCCCAAGAAGGACGUGCUGACCCGCCUGAAGCACCUGCGGGCGCUGCUGGAUAACGUGGAUGCAAGCGAUCUUAAGCAGUUCUUUGAGACCAACUAUUCUCAGAUAUAUUUCAUCUUCUAUGAAAAUUUUAUAACACUGGAAAAUAGUUUGAAGUUAAAAGGGAAUAAUAAGUCACAAAGGGAGGAGCUGGACUCCAUCCUCUUUCUAUUUGAAAAAAUACUGCAGUUUCUACCUGAACGAAUUUUCUUUCGAUGGCAUUACCAGAGUAUAGGCUCAACUUUAAAGAAGCUUUUACACACUGGAAAUUCUAUUAAGAUAAGAUGUGAAGGAAUCAGACUAUUUCUUUUGUGGCUUCAAGCACUUCAGACAAACUGUGCAGAAGAGCAGGUGCUGAUUUUCGCUUGCCUAGUGCCUGGUUUCCCAGCGGUCUUGUCAUCCAGGGGUCCCUGCACACUGGAGACACUCAUCAACCCUAGCCCUAGUAUAGUUGAUGCAAAAAUAUACCCAGAGGAAAUCACCCCACUUCUGCCAGCCAUAUCAGGGGAGAAGAUUGCUGAGGACCAAACCUGCUUUUUUCUUCAAAUACUGUUGAAAUACAUGGUUAUUCAGGCUGCAAGCUUGGAGUGGAAGAAUAAAGAGAAUCAAGAUACUGGUUUUAAAUUUCUUUUUACGUUGUUUCGAAAGUAUUAUCUUCCUCAUUUGUUUCCAUCAUUUACUAAAUUAACCAACAUCUACAAACCUGUACUUGAAAUUCCCCAUUUGAGACCAAAGCCAGUAUAUGUUACUGUAACUCGAGAUAAUGAAACAAUUUACAGUACAAAAAUUCCAUACAUGGCAGCUCGUGUUGUUUUCAUUAAAUGGAUUGUAACUUUCUUUUUGGAAAAAAAGUAUCUAACUGCAACACAAAACACUAAAAAUGGAGUUGAUGUAUUGCCUAAAAUCAUCCAGACUGUUGGUGGUGGUGCAAUACAAGAGAAGGUACCAGAGCUGGAUGGUGCUGGGUCCACAGAACAGGACAAAAGCCAUUCUAACAGCAGCACCUUGUCUGACCGAAGACUCAGCAACUCCAGUCUUUGUAGCAUUGAAGAGGAGCAUCGGACAGUGUAUGAGAUGGUGCAGCGGAUCCUCCUGUCAACACGGGGUUAUGUGAAUUUUGUGAAUGAAGUAUUUCGACAGGCAUUUUUGUUGCCUUCCUGUGAGAUAUCUGUAACAAGAAAAGUAGUUCAAGUGUAUAGGAAAUGGAUCCUCCAGAACAAACCUGUUUUCAUGGAGGAACCAGAUAAAAAGGAUGUUGCUCAAGAAGAUGCUGACAAAUUAGGACUUUCAGAGACUGACUCCAAGGAGGCCUCAUCUGAAAGUUCUGGUCAUAAACGGUCAUCCAGUUGGGGACGCACGUAUUCCUUCACAAGUGCCAUGAGCAGAGGAUGUGUGACAGAGGAGGACAACACAAAUGUGAAAGCUGGGGCCCAAGCUAUGUUGCAGGUCUUUCUUACGAAUGCUGCAAAUGUCUUUUUGCUGGAACCAUGUGCCGAAGUUCCCAUGCUCCUGAGAGAACAAGUAGACGCCUCUAAAGCUGUUCUGAUUAUUUUUCGGCGGAUGAUAAUGGAGCUUACAAUGAAUCAAAAGACAUGGGAGCAGAUGUUGCAAAUCCUUCUCAGGAUAACAGAAGCUGUCAUGCAGAAGCCAAAGGAUAAGCAUGUCAAGGACUUGUUUGCCCAGAGCUUGGCAGGGUUGCUCUUCAGGACACUUAUUGUGGCUUGGAUCCGAGCAAACCUCUGUGUGUACAUUUCUCGGGAGCUCUGGGAUGACUUUCUCAGGGUGCUGUCAUCCCUUACGGAAUGGGAGGAACUCAUCACUGAAUGGUCUAACAUCAUGGAUUCCUUGACAGCCGUGCUUGCCAGAACUGUGUAUGGAGUUGAAAUGACAAACCUACCUCUAGAUAAGUUAAGUGAACAAAAGGAGAAGAAGCAGCGUGGCAAAGGUUGUAUCCUAGAACCCCAAAAAGGAACAGCUGUUGGGAGAUCCUUUUCUCUCAGCUGGCGUAGCCAUCCAGAUGUGACUGAGCCAAUGAGAUUCAGAAGUGCCACCACAUCUGGAGCACCAGGAGUGGAGAAGGCAAGAAAUACUGUCCGUCAAAAAGCAACUGCUAAGCGAAGCCAGUCUAUCAGCAACUGUGUCCACCUCUCUGAGGCUUUGCCUGCUACUAAAAGCGUCCCGCUCCUCCUCCAUACCGUGAGCGCUCUCUUACCUGGUCUCUCUUACUCCUCUUGCUCUCACAGGCUGUCAGAAGUGGAGGAGUUCCAGCAGGCAGAGAGCACCGCCGCAGCCGACUGUGACUAUCUUGUGGUAGGACAGCAGCAGGUGCCCCGGAGCAGCAGCACCUCUGACAUCACUGAGCGCUUGUACUCAGACUCCUCUCAAGGUUACAGCCCCAUGUUGCCUCAUCCUGCUUUUUCCACGACUUCUGGGGAUCAGAGCUCUGGUCCUCAUGCUUGCACAGCUGGCCCUUUACCUUUGAGCCGUCUCCCCAGUGCAGGUCAAAAGGUAGAACAUUCGCAGAAUUUAAGCUCUUCAGAACCCAAGUCUGUUCAAGAGAGUAAAGGACAUGUGACUCAUGAACAUGAAGGAAUAACAAUGUUGGUUCGAAGGAGCAGCAGUCCCGCUGAGCUGGAGCUGAAGGAUGAUUUACAGCAGGCACAUGGAAGAUGCAGGCAGAGACAGACAAGUGAAAGUACUGGUAGUGACACAGUUGUGGGCUACAGCAAUGAAGCAGAGCUACCUGUGAGCCCGUGGCAGGCCUGUGAGGAGGACCCGGACCUGAGCACUCCCACAGAUGCUGUGGCUGACUCUGAUGCCCGCCACUGGUUACAACUGAGUCCUACUGAUGCUUCAAACUUAACAGACAGCAGAGAAUGCCUUGCAGACGACUGUAGCAUUAUUGCUGGAGGAAACCUCACUGGUUGGCACCCAGACUCCGCUGCUGUGUUAUGGCGAAGAGUCUUGGGAAUCCUUGGAGAUGUGAAUAACAUCCAGUCGCCGAAGAUCCAUGCCAAAGUUUUUGGCUAUCUCUAUGAACUGUGGUAUAAACUGGCCAAGAUACGAGAUAAUUUAGCAAUAAGCCUGGAUAACCAGUCGUCUCCAUCUCCUCCUCUCUUGAUCCCACCACUCAGAAUGUUUGCAUCAUGGCUAUUUAAGGCUACAACUCUGCCAAAUGAAUAUAAAGAAGGCAAACUGCAAGCCUACAAACUGAUCUGUGCCAUGAUGACCAGACGCCAGGAUGUUCUGCCAAACUCUGACUUCCUGGUGCAUUUUUACCUUGUGAUGCACCUGGGACUAACCAGCGAGGACCAGGAUGUCUUAAACACCAUCAUAAAAAACUGCUCACCCCGCUUUUUCUCCCUGGGUUUGCCUGGCUUCUCUAUGCUGGUGGGGGACUUUAUCACUGCUGCUGCCAGGGUCCUCAGUACAGACAUGUUGGCGGCACCCCGUUCAGAAGCUCUCACUCUCCUUGGUUCCCUUGUCUGCUUCCCAAAUACCUACCAGGAGAUCCCUCUGCUGCAGUCAGUGCCAGAAGUGAGUGAUGUUGUCACGGGAGCGGAAGACGUCAAGCAUUACCUCAUAAAUAUUUUACUGAAGAAUGCUACCGAGGAACCAAAUGAAUGUGCAAGAUGCAUCGCCAUUUGCUCCCUCGGGGUCUGGAUCUGUGAAGAGCUUGCACAGAGUGCCAGCCAUCCUCAGGUGAAGGAUGCCAUCAAUGUGAUAGGUGUAACUUUGAAGUUUCCUAACAAGAUCGUGGCUCAGGUAGCCUGUGAUGUUCUUCAGUUGUUGGUUUCCUACUGGGAAAAGCUGCAGAUGUUUGAAACUGCUCUACCCCGCAAAAUGGCAGAAAUUCUUGUGGCCACAAUUGCGUUCCUUUUACCAAGUGCAGAGUACUCGUCAGUGGAAACAGAUAAAAAGUUUAUUGUGUCCUUGCUCCUUUGUCUCUUGGACUGGUGCAUGGCGCUGCCCGUGAGUGCCCUCCUCCACCCUGUGUCCACAGCAGUUCUAGAGGAGCUGCACCCAUCCCGGGCCCCCUUGCUGGAUUAUAUCUACAGGGUUCUGCACUGCUGUGUCUGUGGCUCCAGCACAUACACACAGCAAAGUCACUAUACUCUGACCUUGGCUGACCUGUCAUCCACGGAUUAUGACCCCUUCCUACCUCUGGCAAACGUGAGGAACUCCGAGCCAAUCCAGUAUCAUUCAUCAGCAGACCUGGGGAACCUGCUGACCGUGGAAGAGGAAAAGAAGAGAAGAAGUGUGGAAUUGAUCCCCCUCACUGCACGAAUGGUCAUGGCCCACCUAGUGAACCACCUAGGCCACUAUCCACUGAGUGGGGGUCCUGCUGUGCUGCACAGCCUGGUCAGUGAGAACCAUGACAAUGCCCAUGUGGAAGGAACUGAGCUGUCCUCGGAGGUGUUCAGGAGCCCAAACCUGCAGCUCUUCGUAUUUAAUGAUAGCACCCUCAUCUCCUAUCUUCAGACACCAGCAGAAGGACCAGCUGGAGGGACUUCAGGGGGUUCCCUCUCAGAUGUGAGAGUCAUUGUGAGGGAUAUCUCAGGGAAGUACUCUUGGGAUGGCAAGGUUUUAUAUGGACCUCUGGAAGGCCGUUUGGCACCCAAUGGAAGGAACCCCUCAUUUCAGAUUUCUGGCUGGCAUCAUCACACAUGUGGACCUCAGAAAGAUUUGUUUAACGGUGAGGAGGGAGAUGAUGUGCUUGACAAGUUACUUGAAAACAUUGGCCAUACAAGCCCCGAAUGCCUUUUACCAUCACAACUAAAUCUAAAUGAGCCUUCCCCAACCCCAUGUGCAAUGAACUGGGACCAAGAGAAGGCAAUCAUGGAGGUCAUCCUGCGCCAGAGCGCACAGGAAGAUGAGUAUGUGCAGAGGUGUAACUCGGAUUCUUCAGUAACGGUCACCAGCCAAGGGCAGCCCUCACCCGUGGAGCCCCGGGGACCCUUUUAUUUCUGCAGGUUGUUGCUUGAUGACUUGGGAAUGAAUUCCUGGGACAGAAGGAAGAAUUUUCAUUUGUUGAAGAAAAAUUCAAAAUUAUUGAGAGAGCUAAAGAAUCUGGACUCGCGCCAGUGCCGCGAGACCCAUAAGAUUGCAGUGUUUUACAUUGCUGAAGGGCAAGAAGACAAGUGUUCCAUUCUAGCCAAUGAAAGAGGAAGCCAAGCAUAUGAAGACUUUGUUGCUGGUCUUGGAUGGGAGGUGGAUCUCUCAACCCACUGUGGGUUUAUGGGUGGUCUUCAGCGCAAUGGCAGCACGGGACAGACAGCCCCUUACUAUGCUACCUCGACCGUGGAAGUAAUUUUCCACGUUUCCACUCGGAUGCCAUCAGAUUCAGAUGAUUCUCUCACCAAAAAGCUCCGUCACCUGGGGAAUGAUGAGGUCCACAUCGUCUGGUCUGAACACUCCAGGGACUACCGCAGGGGUAUUAUCCCAACAGCCUUUGGAGACGUUUCCAUCAUUAUUUACCCAAUGAAGAAUCAUAUGUUCUUUAUCACGAUAACGAAGAAGCCUGAGGUUCCAUUCUUUGGGCCCCUGUUCGAUGGAGCGAUCGUGAGUGGGAAGCUGCUGCCAAGCCUUAUCUGUGCCACAUGCAUCAAUGCCAGCAGAGCGGUGAAGUGCCUCAUCCCACUCUAUCAGAGCUUCUACGAAGAGCGAGCUCUGUAUCUGGAAGCAAUAAUUCAAAACCACCGGGAAGUCAUGACAUUUGAGGAUUUCGCUGCUCAAGUCUUUUCUCCCUCUCCCAGCUACUCUGUCAGUGGAACGGAUUAAAAUACAUACUGGUCUCAUUGCAAUGCUUGAGCAAGGGGUCUUGACCUCCAGCCUGAGUAUGGACCCCAAGAAAAUCCUCCAUGUGGAAGAAAGAGGCACAGAUUCCCCCUGAUUUCUGCAGAACCCUCAAAAUCUAGACUUCGGGAACCUGCCACUGUGCCAGCACAUGUAGCAAGCCUCCCUGUGGUUUGGCUCCCAAGGUCAGAGGCAGUCUAGUUUGUGUGGAACCUUCAAGCAAGGCUGUGUCCCUCUUGUCUUGGAAUCUCACCAACCAAGCCUUGGGUAUCAGAAGAAGAAAAGAAAGUCACCAUCAACCAGGAACAAACCUGUUGUCAUAUGGGCAAUGGAGACGCCUGAAGUCUCUAGGCAGAAUACAGUAGCAAAAGGUUUGGGGCCCACAGGGAAGGGGCAAAGGGCACUUGUCUGUAUCGCCGAAUCAUUUUCCUUUCAUUUAUACUCCCAAGCUUGAUUCCCAAAAGGGCUGACAAAAUAACUGUGUAAUUGUUGGAGGAAUUUCCUCCAUACUGAUUUUGCUAAUCCUCAUGUUAGGAUUUAUAGUUUACUCAAAAUUUCAUCAUUAUGGAAGCUGGCUGUCCCCAGAGUCUUUUCCCACAGGAAGUUUCACCUUCACCAUUGAACCUUUUCCACCUGGAGCUGAGGCCCCACUGACUUAAGAUUCUCCUGACAACUAGAGUUCUUUCAGGUGAUGUUCCGACACAGAGCGAGCAGAGGGCAGGGGGCAGGGGGAGUGACCAUGCAUGAAAAUAUGGGAGUAUCCACAUGAGAGCACUAAGCAGAUGGCUAGCACCCUUGCCCAACACUGCCUAGCCCAGCACCACACACAUCAAUACACAAGAUUAGUGCCUGCUCCAGCUCCAGGGCUGACCCAACACCCCCACUGUGUCCAGUACUCCUGAAAGCUCAUCUGCAGUCCUCUUCCUGACUGCUGUUCAGAGUCCAAGACAGGCCUCAGAAACAGUACUUGUCACAUGAGUUUUAGGGUACAGAUUCCAGGCAAUAGAUUUGAUCCUUACACACACACACACACAUAUCAAAUUUUAUAUAUUGGCUCUAAGAAAGGCAUGUUGUGCCUUUUAGGGAUGGGAAGGAAGGAAGGAGUUAAAUGUGCCCCUUACUGGACAUGACCAUCUUGGACCUUAGAAUCUGGCAACUAAGCAUUCCCAGGGAAGACUUCUGUGUGGUCACUCACACACCCAUGCUUCUGUCCUGGCCCUGGUGCUGUCUCCGAGCUCCAGUUUUGCUUCCUUUCCUGCUCUACUUCAGAGCAAAACAGAAGAUGCAGCAGAGACCUUCCCUUGCUGCCUGGUCCUGCUACAUGACGCCAUUCCCAGGGCACAUAUCUAGAUGAGCCCUUCACUCAAAGCUGGAAAGCAGCCAUAGAGGAUAGACUCAAGGGGCUCAGGCAUGGGAGAGUGUCCUGGCUGUGGCCACCUCUCUACCUUCCUCUGCCUUCUGAUCUCACACCUAGCCUGCUUUCACUUCUCUCAGCCUGCUUACCCACCUCAUCAGUGUCCAUUCCCAGAGAAGCCAGCCUUUUAUAUCUACUACAGAGCUGAUUUGGCUGCUACUAAUCUUGGAAGAAAAAAGAAUGGAGCCAGAAGCCAUAUUCAGUCUUGUAUAGUGAGUGAGAAUUCUGAGAGUGAGAUGUUCUAGGAGCACCUUCCCACUGCAGGGAGACCCCGUCCUCCUGCUGUGAAGGGAAUACAGCAGCCUCUCAUGCCAGGCCCACAGACAGAAGCACCACGGUCAGAGAGAGCAGGGCAUUGCAAAGCAGAAAAGGGGCCCUGUGUGCUGUCUUCUUAGGGUCCAGGAUGUUCACUUAUUGGAGGUUGAUGGUGAUAGAAGGGAAAUCGGCUGUCAUGACAUUUCCCAUUGUGUCAGUGAAACCUUGAUUCUUAUCUGUGUGUCUGUGUGUCUGUCUGUCUGUCUGUCUGUCUGUCUCUCUCUCUCUCUCUGUGUGUGUGUGUGUGUGUGUGUGUGUGUGUGUGUGUGUGUGUGUGUGUGUGUGUGUGUGUGUGUGUGUGGCCAAUAUUGCUCAGACUUCUAUUAUUGAUUUGUUACUUACCUGGCUCCUGCAGAAAGCGCUUCCCAAGUCCUGGGCACUAAAGGCCCCCGCAGCACAGGUCAUAAAGUACCUUCUGCAGGAACACUUAUCUUCAGGCCCCAUAAACCCCUGUGGUGAAAUUCCUGCCAUUUUGGAAGUCUUUCAUUUUCUUCUUUUUCAGUCGUAACAGAACCCAGGGCCACAACCCAGGUCCCAGAGGUCCUGUUUAACUCACAGAUGUCUCUUCAUAAUUUCAUUUGCUUCCACAAGCCCUCAGACUUGGAGUGAGAAAUUCAAUUGGAGGUAGCAAAUAAUUUGAACUUCUUGUAACCUAAUGAUUUUACCAACCCCAUACCCAGGUUGACAGCAACAGUUUAUGCCUGUUUAUGUUUUAGUUAUUUAUUUAGUCCAUGGGUCUUGGGUUGGUAAUAACUCUGGUUAGAGACCUAAGAGCUGGAGAGUAGGGAUUCUGGCAACCAUCUUUGAUUGCAUUCAGCAGCUCUUGUUAUUUAGGGUAGAAAAUUGAAAUGAUCAAGUUUGGUGUUUCCUUUUGUCAGUUAGAAAAGCAAAUAUUGUGUUUUCAUAAUAAAUGUCUUUUAGCAAAAUUGCUAAGGGUCACUCAUCUGGUGAGACCCUCCAGAGAGCCACUUGUCACAUUAGUAUUAGUAGGUCAGCCAUCUGUGAUAAAAGUGUCCCUAAUUACCACAAAGUGUGGUAAGACUCUCUGGGCUCCUGCAGGGCCUGGCCAGAACCCACCCUUCUCUACAUGCUGACCUCCCAAUGUCUAUAAAGAGGGAAACUGAUGUUUAUAGUCUUGUUGAUUAGACUUUCAUGCUGUAAAAAUUAAAAAAAUAAAAAUAAAAAAGUAACCCCACAAAACUUGGAUGUUUUAAAAAUAGCCAGACCUUCAGCAGACUGAAGAAAAGAAAUGUAGCCUGGUGAGUGACUCCCAGAGUCCUCAGCAGCCACACUGGCAGAUCUUGAGAGCCCCAGGAAUGAACCCUGACUCUGCCAAAUGCUGUUUAGUAGGACCCUUAGCCUUAUAAGGAGAUCACACAGCUCCAGAGAGCCAUGCAAACCCUGUCUUCCUGACUGUCCUCAGGUGUCCCUUCCUUUUCUCCACUGACCUGUGGUGGAGGUUUGAUGAACUCACUAAACCUUCCUGUGUGUCUUACAUGUAGCUGUAUCACUCCAUACUUCCUGAAGGGGAUGUCACAUCUAAGGGAAACUCACCCAGAGACACCCAUACUUGUAUUUGCACCCAGUUCUAUGUAUAUGACGUACUCGGUAAGCAAACAUUUCCUUAGUUUCAGGUCUACAAUAUUUAGUAUGUGUAAAUAGGGAGACAUUUGAUCGAGAUGAUAAAUUAAGUUAUAGCAUGUCAUUUGAUUGUUCUGAGGUCUCUUGUUAUUUAACUUCCCAGAGCUGCAUAACUAAGUUGUUCUGAGGGGCGUGUGGUUGGGUGAACCUCCAAACCUGCUCCCCCUUGUCAGGAGUGUACAUGUGCACUAGGGACACACUCCAUAAAGGCAGCCAUGCUGGGAAAACACUUAGCUCCAUAAUGGUGCCACUCAACUCCAGCUCGCUCUUUUUCGUUCUGAUUGACCGUGAUGAGUUGAAGGGUGAGAAACACGGCACCUAGGUGCUGCAUGUUUCUGACAUUCUCAUAGUCUGUAGAAAAUAAAAGUUUAUCACACCAUCUAAUAAAAAUAUUGAUUUGAUUUUUUUUCUUGAACAAAGCUAUUCAAAAGCAUUCUGCAAACCAAAGCCGACAGAAGUGUCCAAUAUGGUAGUUGAUCCCAUUCAGAGAACUUACACGUUCAUGUAGAAUUCCUUCCUGGUUCAUAGUAUGGAAUGCUAACAUCCAGCUGCCAGAGGACCUGCAGCCUCUGAUGGUCGCAACCUUCUCUGCAUAUGUGGUUCCUCAAAACACCCUGUCCUCCAUCCGUCGUCUUACCUACUAAGACUCAUCCAGUCUUUAAAUAAGGCAUGAGCAGGCCAGGAUGGUCUGUUUCUACAACUGGUAUGUAGCCUCACAAGGACCUUUACCCCCUGCUCUGUCUUUUCUAGGCAGCCUCCUGUACUAGCUAGUCUCUGCCCUAAGGAGUAAAGAGUAUUUGAGGACUUUGUAAAAAUUACAUAUUUUGCAACAUGUAAUUUAGAGUACUUCUAUUGUGGCUGAAGUCAGGUAUUGAUAUUUCCUCCCUCGGGACUUCAGCAAUCACACUGCAUCCUAUCCUAUGGUCUCUGAGGGCAUCCUGGGCCACUCCAUGGUCCAGACAGUAGUGAAUUCUCAGAAUGCUGAAUAACCAAGUUUGUAAACAAGUUUGUUCACUUGUUUCUGUAGCCAAUGCUUGCUGAGUACCCAUUACUUACAGAACAUGUUGGUGUCCUGGGAUGUCAAGUGCAAAGCAGAGCCUGAAUUGACCUGAAUUCUUUUUAGCUUAACUGAUAAUCAAGAGCUCAUGUAGAUAGUCCCUUCUAGGAACAACACAAGUUCUGCGAACCAGAAGCAGUACUUCUCCGCCUUCUGAAUCAUUUAGGCUCCACUAAGGAUUCAGCCUCCUGCCUCACUUCCUCCCAGGAUAAAACUAAAGCACCUGCAUCCCUCAAGUUACCCAGAAGGUGAUGGAUGCCCAAGGAUCAUUUGGGGAGCCAGAGGAGCCUCACUGAUGGUACUGAAGGCAGUCUGAAUGUGUCUGUGGAGAUGGGUGGCCACCGCUCUACACCUGCUCCUUGGAGCUGAGUUCCUCCCUCUUGCUAACCUUUCAGCUUGGCAGAUGGCCUUCCAGAAUUCACAGGGAGCUUUUCUCUGGGGUCAUAUUGGGAUACCUUUCAGAUAUGGAAACGAACACUUGAAACGUAAAGGCUGUUGUCACUAUUGUCUCAUAAAGAUUACUUUCUUAUUUAUAGCAAAAAGAUAGGAAGGGGUUAGUUGAUUCUAAGGCACCAUGUUUCCUCUAAGAGAUUUAGUCAUCUUCAAAAACCCUCAUCAACACCCCCAUGGAGUCUCAGACCAUGUCAUCGAGUCCAGCUUCCGAUAGAAAGGACCAUCAUUAGAAGUAUGCAGUCAUAGGGGUUUGGUUUUGUUGUAUUCCAGGGCAAAUAAAAGCCUGUUUCUUCCCUGUUUCCUCAAAUAGAAUAUUUCCUAGUGAGAAGAUAACCACACUUACAGUGUUUACUUCUAUACACACAUGCAGUGUGUGGCGCUGUGUGUGUCAUUUAAGCCAAGGACAUUUAAUAGAAACUUCUAUUCUCACUUGCUCUUCUUCCUACGAAUGGAUGCGGUUUUAAUUGCAUUUCAUUUUCAACAAAACAAAACCCAUGGGGGUUGUGAGAAAAGAUCAGAAAGUACUUCUCUACAUAUAUGGUUCCUUAGCACCCUGGUCUACAGCUGGGAACACCCACCGUGUCCUCCAUCCACCUCAGCUGUUUAAGAAAAGAAAGAAAAAAAACAAAAAAGAGAACUGAAGAUGUUGCCUCACUGGCUCUCACACACACCUGACUGGGGCUCUAGCCAGGAGCUGUCUCCAGGUGCCCACAUCUUAGUGACACCUCCGGUCAGCACCAAUAACUGUCCUUAACCAGUCCAUAGACUGUUUCUUGAACAAUGUAGUUUUCACAUGCCUGCUGUAGUUUGACCACUGAGAGGGUGUUCCUAAGUCCACAUCUGAGACCACCUUGAGUCACUGUCUUAGGAACCAAGCUGAACAUAGCAAGGUUUUGGCACUGGGAGGGUCUGGUUUGCCAGAAAUAUGACCUCUCUGUCAUGUACAAAAAGAGCACUUGGAACCAGCCUCUACUAGGAAUUCAGAAACCAGAAUAGCACUUUCCUGGAAAGACAGAUUGCACAGGCCUUAACUGAAAAAAAAAAAAAAAAAAGACUUUGAAAAGAAAGAUCUGGUACCAGGGCAGGCUUGGUGCAAUGCCCACGUACGUCAGCCACACCCUACCUCAGCCACACCCUGGAAGUUCAUUCCCACCUUCUGGAGUCAAAAAGCCACAUGGUGUUUAGUACUUGCUACCAUUCGAUCCAUGACAGUUGUGAUUGUCUCCUAAGAGACAGGUAAGAAUUCAAGGGAACAAUGGUAAAGACACACCAAGGUUCUUGAACACCCCAGCGACCGCCAGCAAGUGGAGUGACGUGCUUCUAAGGGUUGGGUUUUCCACAUGCUGUAGCGUCUCUCCAGCAUAGCUGAUGGCCCAACUGCAGAAGGCCAUGUGUGUUUAUGGCACACUCCCUGCCCAAAGGUGUUUUCACCUGUGCUCCAAAGGAGCUGACCAGCAACACCUCAGCAGAGACUCAUGGGAAAUGGCACCCCUGCUAGAGUCACUGAAAAGAACUUGCUCAAAUUGUAUCAUGUUUUUGUUUCUUUCCUUCUUUCUUUCUUUUUGGUGGUUUGAACUUUACAAGAAAAAUAUUUUAAUACAUAAGUCCCUACUAGCCUAAAUUAAGUUAGAUAAUAUGAGAAAGGUAAGGGUUUAAGUUAAGUUGCUGUGCUAUAUGUGAUAAAAACACUUGCCAAGCAUGCACGAGGUCCUGGUUUGGUCCCCAGUACUAGAGAGAGAAGGGUGUGUGUGUGUGUGUGUGUGUGUGUGUGUGUGUGUGUGUGUGUGUGUGUGUGUGCGCGCAAGCAAGCAAGCAAGCAAGCAAGGAAAUAGAUAGGUAAAUUUUUUAAAAAUGUAUAUAAUUCUGCCAAAGUCAGAGAAACUAGAAAAUACUUGUCAGACAUAAAAAAAACAAAAAAAACACAGAUUUACUGUCACACCAAUAUGCUGCCUUCCAUAAUGGCUAUAUUAUGUAUAUGACUGAAAGUUCCAUUAAGAAAGAGCAGAUGCCUGAAUUGAUCUCAGAGACAAGGGUGUCUUUUCCUGUAUGUCCAGGUGGAAUUUUUAAUCUUAAAUGUAUCCCUCCCUCUCCCUCAGGCAAAAUGCUCAUUGAGUUUGACAGACUAUUUUACAUGAAUAGGUCCCGCUCGGCAGCCUCCUCCUUGGCGUGGGGUCCUAGGGUCUGAAAAUUGGAGUGUGCUUUUCACUGAGGGUGUGAAGUGUGGAGGGAUGGCUAUUACAGAUCCUGAAAGGAUCUUUUUGACUUCAGAAAAUAGCCUGGCCAAGAAAAGCUUUUUUCCAUGAAUACUCACAGACUGCAUUAUGCUCCUCAGAUGAUAGAGGUGAGCACUUUUGAUCAAUAUUCCCCAAGAAGCGCUGCCAGGCUAAGUGGGACCUGAGGGCCUCUGUGAGACACCCCCUCCCUCCCUCGGAGAUACUGCGCCUCUGCAGCACAUUUCUUGCCAGUUCUCCUCCUAAGCACUGCAACCCAUUCUGUCCUCCAUGCACCUCAGAAAUGGUGACCACACUAGCUUUCCUUUGGGAACAUUUUUGUCACCUUCGUUUCAGGAUGGCAGUAGGAAGACUUGAACGAGAACUUCUUAAUCAAGGAAGAUUUGUUUAUUCACUUAACAUCACUGAGAUCACAAUGAAAGGAUAGUAUGGAUACACGAUACCCUGGAUACACUAUACAUUUUCUCCUAUUUUCGAUCCAUCCCAACUCCCCUCUCCCUGAAAAUGGUAAACAGGUUAUUAAACAAAUUCUUUCUGAA